AAGCUAAUAUCUCACAAGUCACCACAACCAUUUUUUUUUCUUUUCAAGAAGAGAAUCAUCUGAAAAGGUUUCUUGAAAAAAAAUCAAGAAAGAUGCCAAAAGACAGGAAGAUCGGGAUCGCCAUGGAUUUCUCGGAGAGCAGCAAGAACGCUCUUCAAUGGGCUUUCGAUAACUUAGCAGACAAAGGAGACACACUUUACAUCAUCCACACCCUUCCAAUCCCUGACGACGAGUCUCGUAACUCCCUCUGGUUCAAAUCCGGUUCUCCUCUCAUACCGUUGGUGGAGUUUAGGGAGCCGGAGAUUAUGGAGAAAUACGGUGUCAAAACCGACAUCGCAUGUCUUGAUAUCCUCGACACUGGUUCGAGGCAGAAGGAGGUGAAUGUAGUGACCAAGUUAUACUGGGGAGAUGCAAGAGAGAAGCUGGUUGAUGCGGUUAAAGAUCUCAAACUCGACUCUAUUGUCAUGGGAAGCAGAGGACUUAGUGCCCUUCGAAGGAUAAUAAUGGGAAGCGUGAGCAGCUUUGUGAUGCAAAACGCUCAUUGCCCUGUCACCAUUGUCAAGGAUAACGAUUCUCAUCACUAAACAAAGCUGUCUUGAUCUCAUCAUCAUAUUAUGUCUUCCUACCAAAAUAAUCAUCUUCCCAUUUUUAUGCUUUCAAUAAUGAUGAUAAUGAUAAUAAUAACAUCUUUGUUGGUUGUAUUUGUAAUUGACAACAAAAUUAAAGAGCCCUUGAACUUUUUUGUUCUAGUUUUGGGGUUUUCUUGCUUAUGAUUUCAAUUUUAUUUGGUGUGCUUUGCUGGAAUCACUCCAUCUCCAUGUGGUGGGCUCUCUACUAUAUUGUUUGUUCAUCCAAAAUAUAUACAUUUAAGUUUGCCAUACAUAAA